CCGAGCGCCUCCAGGCAGCGAGCGCUGACCUCCCCCCUGUGAUGCCCGUCUUCCUUCACGCUGCACAAACCGGGCCAGAGCCGUCGCCGCUCCUCCUGCAGCCGUCCGUGGAGCUGAGCUGUGCUUCUCAGACUCUCUGAAAGCAGAAGUCCGUCACACGCGGAGGUGGAUGUCUGCCUGCCGGCCCACAGGCCUCCGUUCAUCAUGACCGCCGCCAUGCCGGAGUGCUACCACGGCCCCAUGUCCAAGAGGGAGUGUGAGGAGCUGCUGGGCAGGAAGAACAAGGACGGGGCCUACCUGAUCCGAGAGAGCGAGAGCAUCCAGGGAGCCCUGUGCCUCUGCGUCUACAAACAGAAAGUGGUUUAUACCUACAGAAUCCUUCAGGCCCACAAUGGAAACUACACCCUCCUGACAGCGGGAGGUUUGCAGGAAACAUAUUUUAAGACUUUGGCUGAUUUAAUCCGGAAUUACAAGAGGAAGAACCAGGGUCUUGCCAUUCAUCUAAGCCACGCGGUGAAAAAGAAGACUCCCAUGUUGAUCCAGCCGCCGUGCAGACCGGAGAUACGACCCGAAGCAUCAGCCAGAGUUUUGGGUGGAGCACCGGCCGGAGUACCGGCCGGAGUACCGGGCAGAUAUUCGUCCGGAGCAUCAGGUGGAGCAUCGGGUGGAGUACCGGGCAGAUAUUCGUCCGGAGCAUCAGGUGGAGCAUCGGGUGGAGCAUCGGCCAGAUAUUCGGCUGGAGCAUCGGAUGGAUACAUACCACAAAGAAGAGAUGUUCCUGUAGCUGAGGAACAUGACUAUGAGAAUAAUCCUUCAGAAUACGUGGAAGUCCUUCCUGAGUGACUCUCACUUAUGUCAUCAAACCGAUUGCAAACAUCUCAAGGAAGGACAAGAAGAACACGGACUGAUGUUUCUCCUGGAAACCCUUUGUCUUUGGGAUUUAGAUUUCUUUUUUUUUUUUUUUACGGGACAAACCUUUAAGGGGUUUGGUUGCAUUUGCACACUUUGAUUUAUUAUGGCGGUUUUCAAUUCGGGACCCACAGUCCUCAAUGCUUUAGAUGUGUCUCUGGUCCAGAGAACCUGAAUCAAAUGAUUUCAUUACUUCCUCAUUAGCCAUCAAGGGCUGCAGAGACCAGAGUGGAAAACCACUAGUUUAGAAAAACAGAAGAAAAGCUCAGGUAAGGUUUUCAUUUUGAAUGAAUUUCCUCCCAAAGAUGAGCCCGUUUUGUAAAUGAUUGACUCUAAUCUGAAUGUAAGGAGGAACUUCUGUCAACCUCUCUGCAGCUGAAGGUCUCAGCUUCACGCCUACUGUUGUUUUCACUCGGCUUAUUCCUCAGAGAUCUCCACUGGUAACCACAGGACUCUUUACCCGUCGUGGCAGCUAACAGUAGCACAGCAGAACAAGAAGCUUUGCUGUUCUGAAGUCGAUAUAAAUGUUAGAAGGAAAAACAAAUAGUGUUGCCUUCGUUUGACGGUAGUUUUAUUUUAGGAAGAAUGAACCCUGGAUAUUUCAUGUUUUCCUCUCAUGUUCUCAUGUAACAAUGUAGACAUUUUUAAAUGCUUGUUCUAUUUUUCAUUUGUUUUGCUAUUUGUUGUCAUGUAUAUAUCUAAAUAAACGCAUCUCAAAGUCCUUCAUGGAUCAGGAGCUGCAAAAUGGAACAAAAUAUUUGCAAGAAUUUCAAACCUUCCAACACGACAAAGCUUUUCUGGCAUCGAGGAGAUCAAGUGAUGAAGAGUCUGCAAGCAUGUCUAUUGGUGUCCUACAGUAUUGUGCCAGAUAUUACCAGAUAUUGCAAAUUAUCAGGCUGUCUGGUCUUGGAAACUGGGGAUUAAAGGUCCAGAAACAAAGCCCAGAUAUUCUUCUGGCUCAUUCUGUG